GAGUUGCCAGAAUUCUACUUUAUUACCCUUUAUUUCACAAUCACAAAGCUAUGUUUUUACCAUAAAAUCACGUGAGCAGCAUUUUCCAUAAAUUCAAGACUAUAAUCACUGUAAAUCAAAUUACCGUGUUGCAAGUGUUUUUAAUGGCAAAACACAUUAGUUUCCUCUAUAUUAUUAUUAUUAUUGUAAGGUAAAAAUAACUGAAAACUAGAAUUAUGGUAACGUAAAUUAAAUCGUGUACAUUAAGAGAAUAUGGUAGAAUAAAUAUUGUGUUUAUUAUGUUUCAAUAUGUAUAGUCGUAUCAAUAAUAAAAAGAGGUAUCCGCACAUUUAAUAUCAAACUCAGUCCCAAGUUCUUCGAAACCUUUAGUUGUUAAAUUUAAUACAUUUACAAUUUGCUUUAAUUUGAUAAAAACAAAUAUUUUUUGCUUGUGUACCAAUAAGUUAUUGUGGUCUGAUUUAAUUUACUGUAUCUGGCAACCCGAUAUGUCAGGGCUCUCAGUCAGGGAAGAUUAUUAGUACUGCGUCUUCAAAAUCUCACCGACGCUUGAUCAUAACUAGUCCUUUAUUUAUUGAAGAUACUAGUCAGCGUCUAUUUAAAGUACAGAAGUUAAAUGCAUAAAGCGACAUUGUGUUUUGAGCGCAUAUAUUGAGGAGAAGAUAAAAGGCCAGACGACACACAGUUCGGCCUCUCUGAGGGGCUUGAACAGCACAGAUGAUUGGCAGCUGGAUCUCGACGCUCUGUGACGUAUUGUGAGAUCAUGUCUGUACGAAACGUCACCAGAGAUCUUCUUCAGAGAAAGAUCAAGGAGAACAGAUCACUGGAUUUUGAGAGACACCAUCAUGUGACCGAUCCCUUUAUAAAGCGUUUGGGCCUGGAGGCAGAGCUACAGGGUCACACGGGUUGUGUCAACUGUCUGGAGUGGAAUGAGAAAGGAGAUCUGCUGGCCUCAGGUUCAGAUGAUCAACACGCCAUCAUCUGGGAUCCCUUCCGACACAAAAAGCUCAUCACUAUGCACACAGGACAUGCGGCAAACAUCUUCUCAGUGAAGUUUCUUCCUCACUCUGACGACCGGAUCUUAAUCACGGGGGCCGCGGACACUAAAGUGCACGUCCACGACCUGACGGCGAAGGAGACCAUCCACAUGUUCUCAGACCACACCAACCGCGUCAAACGCAUCGCUACGGCUCCCAUGUGGCCUAACGUCUUCUGGAGCGCCGCAGAGGACGGGAUCAUUCGGCAGUAUGACUUGCGAGAGAGCAGCAAACGCUCAGAGGUUUUAAUCGAUCUGACGGAGUAUUGCGGGCAGCUCGUGGAAGCCAAAUGUCUGGCCAUCAACCCUCGUGACAACAACCAUCUGGCUGUGGGCGCCAACGGGCCUUUCGUCCGGCUCUACGACAUCAGAAUGAUCCACAAUCACAGAAAGACUAUGAGUCAAAGUACCUCAUCUGGCAUUCAUACGUUUUGUGACAAGCGGAAAUCAAUACCAGACGGUGCCGGGCAGUACUACGUCGCAGGUCACUUACCUGUGAAGCUUCCUGACUACAAUAACAGAUUACGCGUUCUGGUGGCGACUUACGUAACUUUCAGCCCUGACGGUACUGAGCUGCUGGUUAACAUGGGUGGAGAACAGGUGUAUUUAUUCGACUUGACAUUUAAACAGAGACCGUACACGUUUCUCCUGCCUAAAAAGUGUCAUCCUUCAUCAGAGGUACAGAAUGGGAAAACCACCAACGGUGUGUCCAAUGGAAUUCACCUUCCUGCCAGCCGCCUGCGACUGUCUCACAGCAAAGUCUCCAGUAACUGCACUGAUCUUCCACCUCAUCUGGAGAGAACCAAACAGCAAGCGAACGACGCCUUUGCCCGCCAGCAGUGGACUCAAGCCAUUCAGUUGUAUAGCGUGGGCAUACACGAGGCCAGUCACAAUGCCAUGCUGUAUGGAAACCGCGCAGCAGCGUACAUGAAACGCAAAUGGGAUGGCGAUCAUUACGACGCUCUGCGAGACUGCCUGAAAGCUUUGACCCUUAACCCUGGACACCUGAAAGCUCACUUCCGUUUAGCUCGAUGCCUCUUUGAGCUGAGAUAUGUGGCUGAGGCUCUGGAGUGUCUCGAUGACUUCAAAGGGAAAUUUCCAGAGCAAGCUCACAGCAGCGCCUGCGACGCCCUGGAUAAGGACAUCAAGGCCGCUCUCUUCUCAAAAACAGAGUCCUCAGCCGAGGACAGGAAGAGAGACGGCUCCAUGCGCUACCAUAACUUCAGCCGGAAGGAAUCUAUACCCGAAGAUGAGAUCAUCCUGAGAGAGAGAAGUUUCGACUACAAGCAUCGCUACUGCGGCCACUGUAAUACCACCACUGAUAUCAAAGAGGCCAACUUCUUUGGAAGUAAAGGUCAGUAUAUUGUGAGCGGCUCUGACGAUGGAUCAUUUUUCAUCUGGGAGAAAGAAACGACGAACCUGGUGCGGAUCUUACAGGGGGACGAGUCUAUAGUGAACUGCCUGCAGCCGCACCCCAGUUAUUGUUUUCUGGCCAGCAGCGGGAUCGAUUCUGUGGUACGACUGUGGAGCCCCAGACCAGAGUCGGAGAGCGUGGAGAAUUGUCGUGUGGUGGAGGACAUGGAGGGGGCGGCACAGGCCAACCAGAAGCGCAUGAACGCCGACCCGCUGGAGGUGAUGCUGUUGAACAUGGGCUAUCGGAUCACGGGUCUGAGCAGCCGAGGCACGGACGCGUCCGACGAGGACGAAAGCUCCGAGGGUCAGUUCUUGCACACGACGCCCAGUGAAUGAACGCACGGAGAGCUGAUGUUUGGAGAAGCUUCAUUGUCCUCCACAAAACAAAACUUCCCGCGAAGAGGUGCGCGCUUCAAUUUCCCGCUCGGCCGAAGCCAAGUCAGAGCUCUUAAAGUGUAGAAGCGCUAGAGAAGCGUGGACGACGUACGGUCAGGUUAAAGCUCGUUUCCAAAGUCUCACAACAAGCGCUCAGUGUUCUUCUUAAUGCAGGGCUUGCUAACAGACGUCGUCUUCAUGUGUGAAGUUCUUUGUUUCUUUCUUUUAUAAUGAACACGAUGAUGAUGAUGAGCGUCAGAGGACACGUUUAAUGAUAUGCGGCACUUUCUUUUCAAGCGUUUCUGGUGUUUUGGACUGUUCGGCAGGUUUUACGGGACUGAACGUGUUUUGUUGUUAAUGAAGUUUAUUGUCAGAAAUGUUAUUUUGUAUCUUCAUCUUCACUAGUAGGAAAGACAAGGCUGCUCUGUCAUUUUCAUAGAUAAACCUGAGAAGAGAAAAUUCAACCUUACACAGGAAUAAACGAAAGACGCUUGCAGAUUCAUGAAAGCCAGCUGAAAUUUGCUUCGUGUAUUGGAUUUAAACGCAUACUAACUCAUUCUGCUCAGAAAGGAUAUAAUUAUUGACGAAAGAUGAUAUUUUUGCAUUUGAUAAUGUUGUGUUGGUCUGUGAGACUAAGAUCAGAAACUCUGUUAGGCUUGUUUGUUUCUCUCUUUAUUUUUGGUUUGGAGAUUUCAGUAAAGUUUAAUGCAACAUUUGAAAAAAAAUAAAUGAUACUCCGAGUUCUGCAACAGCUUUGUGUUUGCUGUUAUAAUCUUGUUCAAAGAGGAAAACAUAUCACAGACUGUAACUUUGAUAACAUUCAAGUCAGUUUGGCUUUUUAACAGCACUGAAUGCAACAAAAUGAUCUCUGUUUAUAGUGAAAGAGUCUCAUUCAGCUGACAGACACACACACUGCACAGUUUACACAUCAGCACUCAGAAAUAAAAUCAUUUUAUUUACAUUUA